CACCCCUGCAUUUGGGAGCGAAAGGCUUCACAAGCCACACACUCCACAAUUUGCCUUUUUCCAUGCAUAUUCGUGGCCAUCCAAAUUUUUUUAUUAGACACCGAGUGAGAAGAAUUCAGGAGGCCGAAGCGGGACGGGUGUUGCGGGACAAAGCAUUGAUUGAAAUCGAAUCGCGCCACUUUUUUCACCCCUGCAAUUUUUUCUCUUUCUAUUUUGCGCCUCGGUUGGAGAAGCACAAGAGCUCGGCUGGCAACGCCCCCAACCACUUGGAGCAACACUCCAAAGCUACGGCUCACGAAGCACAGCUUCCCUCGAAUUGGGUGUAGCCAUCCCAGCCAUGAGCUCCACAGUGACAAUCCCCCGGUUCCUGCUGCCGCAGCGGGGCCAGAUAUGGCGCCGCGUCCAGCCCCGGGCGGCGGCCGGCGCAUCAUCGCCGGGUGCCAUGGCCGUGGCGCCGACGGCCCCGGCCCGCGUCCGGCUCGCCUCUUCAAAGGCCCCCGCGGCCAAGAACGGCGGCGCGGCCAAGAAUGGCGGCGCGGCCAAGAAGCCGCUGGUGCUGGAGAAGCCGGCCAGGUUCAACCCGCCCUCGCACGGCACCCGCCUGCCCAACAAGCAGCACACCCCCAGGCACUACGGCGGCUCCCUCUCUACCGAGGCGCUCAAGGCGCAGGGCGUCAAGGAGUACCCGGGCAUGAUGGCGCCCCAGGGGACGUGGGCGCACUGGUUCCUGCACAGCAAGAGCAUCCAUCUCUUCAUCACCUUGGGCACGCUCUCGGGACUCGCCAUGUACACCUUUGUGCAGAACUUCAAGAUGACGUCGCCCUACGCCGACAUGAUCCCUCCCUGGUCCGACUUCUUCUGGCACCCCUUCAGCUCGCUGUAUACGCUCAAGGAGGUGAUGCGCCUCACGACGGAGCACAAGUCCGCCAUCGUGGCCGAGAAGCGGGACAAGCGGCUCGACGACGUCGUCAAGCGCCGGAGGUUCCGCAAGGCGCACGGCAUCGAGGAGAACGCGGAGGGGAGCAUUGUCGGCUGGAUCAGGGGUGACAGCCGCGUCAUUGACCCCGAGGAGGAGAGGGAGAAGGCGGCUGCUGCCGCCGCGGAGGGCGCCCCACCUGCCGAGGAGGUGAAGAGGAAGAAGUUCUUGGGUAUUUUCUAGAGGCAUCUUGAUAUGACAUGUUUCUCUCGGCUUCCCCCAUGUCCUGGUGAGCUACCUACGUAGCACGGGGGAGUGCGGGGGACGCUGUAUGCAGCCCCGCCACCCACCUAGGUAGUUACCUAUUGUCACUGGCAACGCCUCAGAUCAUGCCGGACGAAAGGACUGAACAUCAGUCUAGCUCGACGGCGUCCAGAGCAUCCAUGACCUCGUCAGCGACACUUCCCCGCUCCAACACCUUUUGUAUGAUGGCGCUCAGGACUGCCACCCUAGUUCCUCCCCUUGGUGCCUUCCAGACACCAUCCACCGCCUCUGAAUCUGCGACCCUAGCCUCGGGCCGGCUGUCGAGCCCCGAUUUGGCGCCUGUCGAGCUGCCGUCUGCCGCUGCUGCGGCCAUGUCCGAGGAGCCGGACGGCGUCAGCCUCGACGGCGGGUCGAUGACGCGGAUCGACAGCAGCCGCAGAUCCCGCACGGAGCCGGCCGCCAUCUUCUCGGAUCGCCUCGUGGCGGGGGCCUCGGCGAGCGACACGGCGACGGCGACGUCGGCGACGGCGAGCUCCUCCUUGGAAGGGUCAAAGAUUAUGUUGUCGCCCACGGCCGUGACCAGCAGCGUCACGGGCGGCCUGCCGCCCUUGCCCUCCUCCGAGUACAGAAACGGCGACGCCUCCCAGUCGUCGUCGAACAGCGGGUCCUCGUCCCCCUCCGACUUUAGCCGGGGCAGCCGCGUGGCCAGCAGGGCGAGGUGUAUCGUGAGUGACAGUAGGGGCAGGGGGUACGAUAGCGGCGGAGAUAUAAGUAUUACCUAUGCGGGAGGAGCGAUGGGCCACGUUAGUAACCGUAUUCGGGGGAACCUUUGGGAAACGAUGGCACGUCACAAUGGCAAGCUUCCAAAGGGUAUUGUCAUAUAGUAUAUAAAAAAACCGCAUGGUAUAUCUUUGUC